CAUCUUGAUAGCGCAUAAUAUACACGAAAUGGUCCACAGCACGGCGUAGGCAUGUUUCGUACUUCUGGGCAAUGACUGAACGACUUCCCCUCACGCGACCAUGGACGAAACGAAGAUCAGCUCGACCACGCUGCCGGAGAGCGGUGGCCCCGUGGCAUUGACCGACGACGAUGCAGUCGAAACGGGACCCACCAAAACGCCGACGAAGCCAUCUUCAGACGCGCAGUCUGCAGCAAACCCGUUGCAGUCCUUCAUUGACAAAGGACUGCACUUCUUAUCCACGGCCAGUAACGAGACAUUGGGAGCAUGCUUGGUGGGAUUGGGCGCAACAACGUACGUUGUGCUCGGAAGAGUCGGACUAGUAAUUAUUGGCGUCGCUGGCGGCGUGGUUCUGCAUGCGACGUGGGACGGGUCGAGAGGGGACAGAGGAGACGAAACAAAGCGUGCAGAGGCAGACCGGAGACGAGAGGCCGGCGUAGAUGUGGUCAAGAGAGUGCUCGAGUGGCGGACGAAUAGCAGAGAACAGUCCUCCCAGGAGACAGAAGACGGUAGCAGGGUGUAUGCGAGCCAGGCGCUCGACUAUUCAUCUUUUGGCCCAGAAGCGGCGGCUGCGCUGGACGCCUUCACCACCGCUGUGAUCAAAGACUAUGUUCAUUACUGGUACGAUGCCACUCUACCAGGCGAGGAAAGCUUUCCGAUGUCCUGUCGGCGAACAUUUACUGCCUUCAUCUUGUCACUUUCUGGCCAUCUCCAACGCAAACGAGCCGCCGAUGCCUUCCUAGAUUUCGUCACCAAUGCGAGUUCCAUCAUUAUUGUUCUCUUGAACGAGCUGGCCACGGCCCUCAACGCUUCGCCCACAUCCACUCCGGAAGAAGCGAUCAGCACAUAUUUACAAAUGAAGCCGGACAGCAGUCUGGCAUACAUGAUCGACCAAGGCUCCCAGAAGAUCAAACUGGCUGAAGCAGCUGAAGACAUCCUGCAGGCAUAUCUCGAUCCGAAAUCCUACAACUGCCCGCCCGUUCAUAGCUUCUUGAAAGAGGUUCUCGCCCAAUUGGUCCUUGGAUACACAAUCACGAAAUGCUCCGACCCAGCCUGGAUCAACGAUUGGAUAGUCUAUGGUUUGGAAGAGUCGGAAACAGCGAAAGAGGUGAUGGACAUCGUGGAUGCUGGUGUCGAGGGACGAGCAAGUGUCGAGACGCCCAAAGUCGCCGAGAAGCUGAAGCAAGAGCCUGAAGAUCAGAGCAGGCGGGAAAGCGCGAGUGCUGCAGCACACAGGCGAAAGAUGAGUCGCGCGGAAGAAGCAAUGGAUGAGGCGAUGCGCGAAGCUAAAAGAUUGACGGAGCUCAUGAUCGAGGAAGACAAUCGAAGAGCGCAGCAAGAGAAGGAGAAGGACACGAGUACCAGCGCAUCUGUGUCCAACAUUGCGGACAGUGCAGAGGGCUCAACACAAGGCGUGCCCACGCCAACAUCCAGUGAAAGCGAGCGCGAUCGUCAGUCAGAGGAUACUAGGUCGAUAGCUGACAGCUCUGUCACCGCAGAAAGCAAGCACAGCCACGCGAGCACACCUAGCACCCAGUUCACCAACUUCGAUCAGAUUGUACCCAAGGUUCAACCCACUGCGCUGAGCGAUAGUCCUACCACAGAGACGCCUAUCAAGAAAGCACCGGUUUUGACACUGCACAACGCCAAGAUCAGUAUCUUCGAUGACAGUGUUCCAGGCGAACGAGCAUCGAUCAAAGCCAAACCAAACAAUGAUCUUCUCGUCCAGAUCGAGCCCGCCAAUUCCGCAUUCCCGGGUUGGAUGAUCGUACGCAGAUACGCUGAUUUUGAAACACUUCAUGAAGUACUGAGACGCAUCUCUGUCAUUACCGGAUCACAUUUCACCGAGAAGCACAACGAGCUUCCGAAGUGGAAGGUACACACCAAAGCCUCGCUGCGAGCUGAGCUUGAGAAUUACCUCGCGGACGCUGUGCGCUUCCAGAGCUUAGCUGAGAGCGAGGGCAUGAGGCGCUUCCUCGACAAGGACCAAGGGAUGAACAAGUCUCCGAGCGGCAAUAAGGGAUUUGGCUGGCCAACUCCUGAUGCAUUUGGCAAGUUCGGAGGCGAUAUGAUGAACGUUCUCACAAAGGCGCCGAAACAAGUCGCUGGAGGAGUUGCGGGAGGUGGCAAAGCCGUUUUCGGUGGUGUUUCAGGACUGGUUGGUGCCGUUGGCAAUGUGGGCAAGAAAGCAGGGCAGUCGACGACUAGCCUAAGUAGGUCUGCGACGAGUAACAGCCUUGACAACACAUCCCGAGCAGCUAGCAACAACCGCUCCAGCAUGCAACUUGCCGGGCAAGGCUUCAUGACUGACAGCUAUCUCGGCACUAUGGAUGUGGCUAGGGAAAGUCAGGACUCGUUCCGCGCACCAUCAGAACCUGUGUCCGACAGACAACAAAGCACUGACGAACCACGACCAGCACCAAGUGCUUCCUCAAGCCGCCCAGCCAGCCUUCUCAGCCCCGAUGAAUUCGUCUCGGCAACAACACUCUCGCCUGCAGCAUCGACUUCACACCUGCCUACAACACUGGAGGAGACUGAGAAUAGCUUGAAGACCAUUGAUCUGCCGCCUCCUCCGUCUGAGAUGCCUGCUGACUAUGGUUCACCAAUUGCGCACAACAGGAGUAGGACGAACACCGGCACACGUUCUCCAGCGCGCUCACUCAAGAUGUCCCAAGUAAUUGAUUCAGACACUUUGCAGCCACCUGCGACACCACAAAGAGUCCAGAUAGGUGGCUCUACCGCAGCAUCUCCCGCCAAGAAAGAGGAUCGCCAAAAGACCCCUCUGACAGAUCGCGAAACAGCUGUCGCUGUGGAGCUUAUGUUUGCUGUCAUUUCGGAACUCUACACAUUGUCUGGUGCGUGGCAGAUCCGCAAGACACUUCUCACAGCAGCAAAGACAUAUCUACUUCGACCAGGCAACCCGCAGCUCGGCACGAUCCGCGAUUUGCUGCAGUCUUCACUUCUCGAUGCCAAUCUGAGCGACUCUGGUCUAGCACACCAGAUCUGCAAACUGCGAGAAAACACACUGCCAACUCCAGAAGAACUCGAGAUCUGGGCGCGCGACUAUCCUGAGAAAACUGUGGAGCAGAAAGAAGAGCUUAGGAUCAAGGCGCGAAAGCUACUUGUUACAAAAGGUAUGCCGCAGGCCUUGACGAGUGUCAUGGGCGCAGCAGCCAGUGGUGAGGCGCUUGGCAAGGUCUUCGAUUGCCUGCAACUGCCUGGUGUGAGCAGAGCGAUGAUAUUUGGGCUACUCCUUCAAGCGCUCCGAAUUAUCACGCACUGAGCUCUGCAAUACGAUGCAAUCGAAACACAAUACUCCCACGCAUCACGAAUGUCACAUGAAUGCAGCGUAGAACUUCUUCGAUCCUGGUGUCGCAUGCCCGUUUGUUUUCUUGCGACAUGCGACAUGUCGAGGUAGCGGACAGGCUUGAGACUCGUGGCGGCUUCCUGAGACAGAUCUCCCACCAAGAGCAUACACGGAGCACACAAUGGACUGCUACUAGCAGGUAUUCAAGACAGAAUGGCAGUCAAUGCCGCCGACAUUGCCGGGCCCUGCGACUCGGCAGUGUCUGACCUGCCACGAUAGCAGUCCAUCAGCGUGCACCAGAGUCGGCCGAGACAAAGAAGUCAGUCACGCACAUUGCAUCAGUCGAUGGUGGCCAGACUACCGCUCAGACAAAGACACAUGGUCAUUCAGCCGAGACAAAGAGGCUCGCCUAAGUACCCACAUUGCACACCCGAAAACGCUUUGUAUUGUGAAAUGAGCAC